GUCUCAGAGACACAACAACAGCCAUUGCUUACAUUUCAGCUCUUAUCUUUAAGACAUGUCAAAAGAUCAAGUUCGUGGUGAGAACAUGCAGCUCAGUGUGGAGCAGCUGCUUCAGAUAUAGCAGAACAGGCGUGCUGCACUGCAAAGACUGGCCAUCCGAAAUGUACCUGUACCUGUUGGUGAAAGCUGGCAAAGACAAAUUGGGACUGAAUUUACAAAACCUUAUUUUACAAAGCUUAUGUCAUUUGUUACAAUGGAGAGGAAAUGCUUUACUGUCUAUCCCAGCCCUGAGCAGGUGUUUAAUUGGACAACUUUGUGUGCUAUUGAAGAUGUAAAAGUGGUCAUUCUUGGGCAAGACCCCUAUCACCAUCCAGGUCAGGCCCAUGGAUUGGCCUUCAGUGUGCUGAGGCCUAAACCUCCUCCCCCAAGUUUGGAAAACAUAUUUAUGGAGCUGAAAGAAGACAUUGUUGGCUUCCGGCACCCAGGUCAUGGAGACCUCACAGAAUGGGCCAAGCAAGGUGUUCUGCUGCUGAAUUCUGUGUUGACAGUGAGGGCUCAUCAGCCCACCUCUCAUGAAGGUCAAGGCUGGGAGCUUUUCACAGAUGCUGUGGUCCUGUGGCUCAGUCACAACCUCAGUGACCUGGUCUUUCUGCUCUGGGGCUCAUAUGCUCAGAGGAAAGGCAGAGUGAUUGACAGGAAACGUCAUCAUAUCCUUGAGGCUUCACAUCCAUCACCGUAUUCAGCACAUUUGGGCUUCUUUGGAUGUAGGCACUUCUCUAAAACUAACAUGUUUCUCAAAGUAUCAGGAAAGAAGCCAGUUGAUUGGACAGCUCUCUAAAAUAAUUAUGUUUUUUUACAAAUGUAAAGAUUUCUUCAACAAAUGGCUUCUUCAAUGUCUAUUUGUGAAACAGAGCAGUUAUGCAAAAAAAAAAAAAAAAAAGAAAAUAAAGAUAUUCCAUUACAGGUCAAAAAAGUAUGUUUAAUAGUAGUUCUGUAUACUGUGGGACUCUUUGUGCAGUUAUGAAAAAUGGUCACAGAAGCCCUGUUGUACUCUUA